AUGGGUGAAGCGCAGGCGCAGCCGAAAUGGGCGUGUCUGGUGUGCAGGGCUGGGAAGCGGCGCUGCGAUAAACGGGUGCCGAGCUGUACGCGCUGCUGGAGGCUUCAGAUCCGCUGUGUGUAUCGGCAUAAGGGCGAGGGGGGGACGGCGGCGGCGGCGGCGGCGCCAUUCGACGAGACUUUGUCCUUACAGCGGGUGGAUGCAAAAGUCCCCUUUCCCGUUCGUGGGGAGACACAGAUGCCGAUGCUGCUGCAUUCGUUUAUCGAAACGUUCGGCAUGGCGCUCCUCCCCGUCGACGACGGGAGCCUGGCGUUUCUCCUGCGCACGGCGUGGGUGUCGCGGGCGCUGGCGGACCCGUGCUUCUUCCACGCCACGUUGUUCGCGGCGUCGGCGCACUUGGACGCCCUGCGGAGUGUCCCCAGCACGUCUGCUACGCUGUAUCAUCAUACGAUGGCUCUGCGGCUGAUUCAUGGGAAGCUUGCUUUGCCCGAGGGCAUGGUGGAUGAGGGGACCAUUGCGUGUAUUGCGCCGCUGGUGUUUUUCUCGUCGAUGAGUAGCGAUGAGAGAUCCUCGCGGAUCCACAGGAGGGGCUUGAUGCAGAUGAUCAGAGUGAAGGGUGGGCUGCAGAAGAUGGAUCUUGGGGGUUUUUUCUCAGCGCUGAUACCCGUAUGCGUCAUGACCGAAGCCAUCAUUUUCGAUUCGGCGCUUGAUAUCCCCGGCGUCGAGAUACCACCCACGCCGGCAAAGCCGCCGACAUUCUUGGUCUCGGCUGUUCUCGAACGAGCCACACGCGAGACCGGGUUCUACACCCUUUCCGACGAAGCAAUCAAGAUCUUCAAGGACAUCCACACCGCCAGUCGCGACUUCAACGACUUCUUCCCGAGCGGCUCUCUGGAUCGUCCAUUGUCCGAACUGACGCGGAUCAAAUGGCUCAAUCGAGUGCAAAGAAGGAUAAAGCGCGGUUUCAGCACACCAGACAACCCGCAACUGCCCACCACCAAUGCAAUCGACGAGUGCUGCGGCGCCGCUGCCUUGGUAUUCUGGUACAUCCUAGAUGACACAUCCCCCAUUGACCCCAUGGUGUUAGAGUAUCUGGUCGCAGACCUCAAAACCGCCCUCCUCAAGACCCCUGUAGAUACCUGGAUCCGGCGGUCCCCGGACGCACACGCAUGGAUCUGCUUGGUCGGCGCGGCGGCUGCUGCGCGCGAUAGCAACGACCGGGCCUGGUUCAGCCUGCUUCUGGGGCAGUCGAUUAUAUGUAUCCGCAGCGAGGGCGCGGGACUGUAUCUGGAGGGUUGGAAGAUGUAUGACUGGUUGAAUCGGCGGCGGAAGCGCAGGGUACGAUGGUUGCAGCAGCAGUUAGUGAAAUGA